UACAUUAAGCUUAUAUUAUUGAUCUCUGCUGAGAAGUAGCAGCUGGUGGUUUAGUUCUACACAGUGAACGGUGAAGAGGGCAGUAAAGAGUCACUGCAGCGCAACCUGAAAUUAAAAGUGGAAAUAUUCACACUAGACGCAUUUGCCACAAACUGCUGAGCUCACUGCCUGCUUCUGUAUUUCAGCAAAGGACAGAGGAGUGAGCAGAUGCUGUAGUGCAGCCUGAGGGGACAAAGGCCAGUGGCCGGCAGCUUCGAGCUAAAAGAGAUAAUAUUGAGAAAAGAGAGAAAAAAGAGAACAUCAGCAGGAGCCACUGGAUUGGAAAGGACGUCUACUCUAAAGAUGAAAUCACAACUGAAUUAUCUGCGCUGUGUGUCUGGAAACACUCUGCAUUCAGAUGAGGGAUUUUUGAAAAAGCUGGCUGAACGAAAAUCUGGCCUGAAGGAGGUGUCUAAUGUGGAGGAGUGUGAUGUCAUUAUUGGUUUCUGUCCUGUUGUUUCUCGAGCUGGAACUGAUAUUGAAGUAGCGCUGAAAAAAAUUCAGGAUUUAUCAGACACCAAGCCUGUCGCUCUAGUGGUUCUCCAUCACACAUUUGACCCGGAGUACAUUGUACCGGACAGCAGCUGCAGUGUAAACAGAGAGAAAACUCUCACUGUGGACUGUGUGUUCCACGAGGACAGAGGAUUCCUGAGAUGCCGGAGGAAUCAGGAAGCAGUAGAUAAUGUUCGGAAGUGGAUAAAACUGGUAAAACCCCAAAAAUCAAGUGAGCCAGCAGCACCUGUAGAACUGACUGACGAACAACGGGCAGAUGAGGAAUUUAUGAGCAAAGUGAAACCAAAAGUACCCGGCCUGGUUGAAGUGUCUAACGUGGAGGAUUGUGACUUCAUUCUGGUUUACUGUCACACUGUUUCUCCAGCUGAUAGCAGUAGCACCACUGUAGCAGCACAGCAGAUACUUCAGGGUUUACCAGACAAGCCUGCUCUUCUAGUGGGGCUCCAUUACACUGAUGAUCCAGAGUACACGGUACCAGACAGCAGCAGAGGAGUAAACAGAGAGCACACUCUCACUGUGGACUGUCUGUACCAUGAGGAUAAGGGAAUACUGCAGUGCCCGAGCAAUCAGGAAGCCCUGCAUAAAGUUACAGACUGGAUAAAACCUCUGGUGAAAACCAAGUCUAUAUUUCAGAGGUUUCUCUCAUGGCUUUGCUGCUGUUUGCCAGCCUCAUCCAAAUCACACGCCACAGCUCCCAACCCCAAGUCAGUAAAAGAAAGUUGUGCACCAUCAGCAAAAGAGCCAGCAGCACGUGCAGAACUGACUGAUGAACAACGAGCAGAUGAGGAAUUUAUGAGCAAAGUGAAAAAUGAAAUACCCGGCCUGAUUGAAGUGUCUGACGUGGAGGAUUGUGACUUCAUUCUGGUUUACUGUCACACUGUCUCUCCAGCUGAAGUUGAUACUCUAAUAGCACAGCAAAUACUUCAGGGUUUACCAGACAAGCCUGCUCUUCUAGUGGGGCUCCAUAACACUGAUGAUCCAGAUUACACGGUUCCAGACAGCAGCAGAGGAGUGAACAGAGAGCACACUCUCACUGUGGACUGUCUGUACCACAAUGACAGAGGACUACUGCAGUGCCCGAGCAAUCAGGACGCACUGCAUAAAGUCUCAGAGUGGAUAAAACCUCUGGAGUCGAAUCAUUCAACACAGGUACAAAAUCCUCAUCACCCACAGACACCAACCAGAGAUCAAGAAUUCCAGGUGAAAACAUCUACUGCACUGAAAGCAGCAGACCUGGCAGCGCGUGCAGAGUUAAUAGAAAGGAACAAACAACUUGACCUUCAGGAAAUGAACACCCUGAACAGCACAGUGGAAACAGCAGGAAAGGAGCUGCACUACAUCAGCUCACAACCACAGUACAUGAAUGAAGAUUUUCAAAAGCCCAUCCAGGAUGUUCUGAGUUUUCUGGAUUCAGAAUGUGAGGAGGCUGUUGUCUAGACUCAAACCACACCUAUAAUCAGCAGCGUCCAGCCCUCUGAGAAGAAUGAGAUGAUAAAGAUACACAGUAUGGCUGUACAAUGACUCUGAGGUAUAGUGACGAAUAUUACAGCCUCAGCUCAUGACUGCAAAUCAUAUGGACCAAUUUUCAUAAAUAGAUACAACUAGCAAAAAGCUAAGGAGUGACAGUGUAAGCUG